UUUUCGAGUCUCUGUGACUACGAUUACACAAUGUCGGGCCUCGACGGUGUUGUGCAGCCGCUGCUGACCGACAUGUACCAGAUAACGAUGGCGUACGCGUACUGGUCUGCGGGGACGCACGCGAGCAACGCGGUCUUCGACCUGUUCUUCCGCGUGAAUCCCUUCCAUGGCGAAUUCACCAUUUUCGCCGGCCUCAGCGAUUGCGUGGAGUUUCUACGGAAGUUCCGCUUCUCCGCAUCCGACAUCGAGUAUCUGAAGGCUGAACUGCCAAGUGCGAAACCGGAGUUCUUCGAGUAUCUCGCAAAGCUGACCGCGAGAGAGGUGAAACUGUACGCGAUUCCGGAAGGCACGGUCGUGUUCCCCCGACUCCCGCUACUGCGCGUCGAAGGUCCGUUGGCAUUGGUGCAGCUGCUGGAGACGGCACUUCUGAACCUGAUCAACUAUGCGUCGUUGGUCGCGACUAAUGCCGCGAGGUUUCGUCUGGCGACAGGUCCAAAGGCCGAACUGCUGGAGUUCGGUCUCCGCAGAGCUCAGGGACCCAACGGGGGACUUUCAGCGUCCAAAUACUCCUAUCUGGGAGGAUUCGACGGAACCUCGAACGUCAUGGCGGGGAAACUGUUCGGGAUUCCUGUUCGAGGAACUCACGCCCACGCGUUCGUGAUGAGCUUCGCCUCGACGAGUGGCGCCGCGGCCCUGCAGCACGCCACGCUAACGCACAAAACCACGGGCCAGAAACACAAUCUCCGCCAGCUUAGCUUCAAGUGGCGCGACACACUCCUCCGGGCAUCGAUGUUCGAAUCGAGGAGCAAAGCGAACGACGGCGAACUGUGUGCUUUCAUAUCGUAUGCCUCGGCCUUCCCGGAGAACUUCCUGGGACUCGUUGACACGUACGACGUUAUUCGGUCCGGCUUGAUCAACUUCUGUGCAGUGGCCAUGGCCCUCGACGAAUGCGGAUAUCGAGCCAUCGGCAUCCGUAUAGAUUCUGGUGACCUGGCCUACUUGUCGAGGGUAUCCUAUAAGUGCUUCCAGUCGAUCUCAAGCAAGUACAACAAACCUUACUUCGCCGAUUUACGAAUUGUCGUCAGCAACGACAUCAACGAAGAAACUGUGAUCUCACUAAACGAACAAGGCCAUAGUAUCAACUCUUAUGGAAUCGGCACGCAUCUGGUCACGUGCCAGAAGCAGCCAGCAUUGGGUUGUGUCUACAAAUUGGUCGAAAUCGGCCACGAGCCGUGUAUAAAACUCAGUAAUGACAUCAACAAGGUCACGAUACCCGGACAGAAAAAAGUCUAUCGGCUAUACGGAAAAGACGGGCAUCCACUAUUGGACUUGAUGCAAUUGAACGAUGAGAAUCCUCCUGAAGUUGGAUCCAAGGUCCUAUGUCGUCAUCCUUUCGAAGAAACCAAACGAGCGUACGUCUGUCCCAACAAGGUCGAACUGCUCCACCAGCUGUACUGGGGCGAUGGCGUCGUUAAAGAGCACGCGCCGGAUUUGAAGAAGCUCCGAGACCGGGUCCUCGGGCAAAUGGAGUCGUUACGAGCCGACAUCAAACGGACGCUCAACCCCACGCCGUACAAGGUUUCCGUAUCCGAGAAGCUCUAUAGUUUUAUGCACGAUCUCUGGCUGGAGAACGCUCCGAUCGGCGAACUUUGUUGAUUCAAAUAAUUCUAGGAAUGUGAUUGCGUUGUAUACAGACUCAGCUCCGAGUGUUGUAACACUAAAUGACCCCAAAUAUGCGUCAUUAUUGCCAUUUACAGCCUUUCUGAAAGGUAUAAAGGGAGAGAAGAGCGUUCGCAAUAGAGAGGACCCUGGACGGAUAAAUUGUGUGAAAGAAAGAGCGAGUUCCUCGUCCAGUUUCCCCGACUGGAGAUAGAGGCUACGUCAGACUGAGAAACUAUUUUUACGAUGUUUUGCGGCGAGAUUCGCUUCCUCUAGUUUCCUUCUCCCGUCGGCCCGCGUUCUUAUUACCGUGUGGGCAAGGAAAUUCGAUAUGCAUUUCUCAUGCGAAUUGGUUCGUCCCGUUGAUAGUUCGCAGCCUACAUUCGUCAUUUCCGUUGCGGGGCUGAGCGUCGUCGUCGAGGCCGUUAGCGUGGACUCCACCGAUGACUUGAUGGCACGGCCACAGAAGUUGUCCAUACUUGUUCGUCGCUCGGUGAAGUAUCCAUGCACUUGAUGUCAAGAUUCUAUAGGCGAAUAAAGAUGAACCAUUGAUAUUGGACCGAAAAUCCGG